AUGCCUGCUGCUGACGUCAAAUCUAAUCCAUACGCCUCGAGUCUAAUUUCCGAAAGAGAGAUUGACAGACCUCGACCUCUCAAGGUCAUUUACAUUGGCGCUGGUGUAUCGGGGAUCUGUGGCGCUAUACAAUUUCGCAAACUUGUUCCCAGCAUUGACCUUACCAUUUACGAAAAGAACCCUCAACUUGGGGGUACUUGGUAUGAGAAUAGAUAUCCAGGUUGCGCUUGUGAUGUGCCUUCUCUCUCCUACCAGCUUAGCUUCGAGUCAUCCACCGAAUGGAGCCAGUUCUAUGCAUCUGCACCGGAAAUUCUGGAUUAUUGGAAAAAUGUCGCUUCGAAGUACGACAUAGAAAGACAUAUCAAAUUCGAGCAUAAAUGCAUAGAAGCCCGCUGGAACGAGGAUGCAUCGAACUGGACGGUCAAGCUCCUGAAACUCAGCACAAACGGAGCACCCGAGGUUGUUGAAGACACAUCAGAUGUACUUAUUACUGGAACUGGUACGCUGAAUGAGUGGAAAUGGCCAGAGAUUAAAGGCAUCGAGAGUUACCAAGGAAAGCUGUUGCACAGUGCAAAUUGGGACACGUCAUUUGAUCCUACAGGCAAAACAGUUGCAGUUAUUGGGGGUGGUAGCAGUGGAAUCCAAAUCGUACCAGCUUUGGCGGAUAAAGUGCAGAGAAUGGACCACUACAUUCGAGGCAAAACAUGGAUCGCGAACCAGAUCGCCGAACAGCACGUCAAAGAACGCCAGAGCGAAUCGACGAACGGCAAUUUCUCUUACUCGCCUGAAGAGAAGAAGGCAUGGCGAGAGAAUCCAAAAGCAUAUCUUGAAUACCGCAAGACACUGGAACUGUCUCUUCAAGGUUUUUACGCAAGUUGCGAACGUAAUCAUCCUCAAUAUGCUGGAAUCGAGAAGAAAUUUGAGGCAGCAAUGAGAGAGCGAUUAAAGGCCAAACCCGAGCUGGUUGACAGCCUCAUCCCCAGCUAUCCACCACUAUGUAAGCGACUCACUCCAGGGCCGGGCUACCUGGAAGCACUUGCAUCGCCCUCAGUAGAUGUUAUAGGGACGGCAAUACAGCACAUCGAUGCAACUGGAAUAACGACAAAUGAUGGCCAGCAUAGAAGCGUAGACGCAAUAAUCUGUGCAACUGGCUUCGAUACCUCCGUUUCCUCCGGAUUUCCGAUAUACGGGCGCGACGGCUUAAACCUUCGCUCCAAAUACACCACACAUCCUCGAACAUACCUCGGGCUUUGUACAGAUGGCUUUCCGAACUUCUUCCAAUCACUCGGGCCCAAUUCUUUCCAAGGUGCAGGGAGUCUUCUGAUCAUCAUCGAAGCCAUUCAUCAUUACAUAGGUCAGGUGUUGCAAAGACUUGCAAUUGGCAACUUGAGGACUGUCGAGCCAAAGAGGGGCCCAGUGAACAAUUUCACCAAGUUCUGUGAUGAGUACUUCAAGAGGACUGUUUACACUGCCAACUGUCUGAGCUGGUAUAAAACUGCGCCACCGGGAGCAACAGUGGAAGAGCGCAUGCGUGGUCGUGUGACUGCACUAUGGCCAGGGAGCAGCAUCCAUGCACUGACUGCGCUUAAGACAGUGAGGUGGGAGGAUUACGAUGUGGAAUAUCUGGACGGAAACAAGUUUGGAUGGUUCGGAAAUGGAUGGACGUUGGCAGAUCGAUCGGGAGAUCCAGAAGGCCUGACGGGUUACUUGAACGAAUUCCAGUUUCUAGAGCCGAAAAAGGAGCGCAAAGAUAGUUUGACAUCUAAGUUAGACCAAGCCACUAAAACGGCGGAACAAUGUCCAUAG